CUAUGUGGUUUUUAGGGUCCGAGUUUAUGAACAGACACCAGAUGCACACGCACAUCACAAGACAGACUCAGGACUAGCAGCUACAGUAGGUGACAAUGUCUCGCCUGUGUUUCACGCUCCUCUUGUGUGUGGUUUUGCUUGGACUCCUCUGUCUCACGGGAGCAGAGGAAAGCAAGGCUCAAUCAAGAGAAAAAAGAGAAGUGCCUAACUGGGCGCUGACAUCUUCAGACUUCUUCGGCUGGAUUGAAGAACUUCGCUCUCAUGCUGGUUAUGACAAGAUUGAGGAACUGGCUAGGACCUUCUGGGCUCAUUUUCCUUCUGCUAGCCGCCUGGGUUAUGAUCUUCCUGCUCCAGAAGAAUAA